GGAGUAGAAGAUGUCAGGACGUGGAAAGGGAGGAAAAGGAUUGGGGAAGGGAGGAGCAAAGCGUCACCGUAAGGUCCUCCGUGAUAACAUUCAGGGUAUUACUAAGCCAGCAAUAAGGCGAUUGGCACGUAGAGGAGGUGUGAAGCGUAUAAGUGGACUUAUUUAUGAGGAGACACGUGGUGUGUUGAAGAUAUUUUUGGAGAAUGUGAUACGUGAUUCUGUUACUUAUACUGAGCAUGCUAGGAGGAAGACUGUUACUGCUAUGGAUGUUGUUUAUGCCUUGAAGAGACAAGGAAGGACUCUGUAUGGAUUUGGUGGUUAAAGAAAUCAAAUGGCUCGUACUAAGCAAACUGCCCGCAAAUCCACUGGAGGAAAGGCUCCAAGGAAGCAGCUAGCCACCAAGGCUGCUAGAAAGUCUGCCCCGGCGACUGGAGGAGUGAAGAAACCUCACCGUUUCAGGCCAGGAACUGUGGCUCUUAGAGAAAUCAGGAAGUACCAGAAGUCUACUGAGUUGUUGAUCAGGAAGCUUCCAUUUCAGAGGCUUGUGAGGGAAAUCGCUCAGGAUUUCAAGACAGAUCUGAGGUUCCAGAGCAGUGCUGUUGCUGCUCUACAAGAGGCUGCUGAGGCUUAUCUCGUUGGUCUCUUUGAAGAUACCAAUCUCUGCGCAAUUCAUGCUAAGAGGGUCACCAUCAUGCCUAAGGAUAUUCAGCUUGCAAGGAGGAUCCGUGGAGAGAGGGCUUAAGAAGAAGAUAGUUAGUGGUGUUUAUGUCUAUUUGGUGUUUUUUUUUUUCUUUUUGCUUAGAUCCGUUGUCGGAAGUUGGAAUGCCAGUGUUAGUAAUGUAAAUCGUAAAUCCGAUUUUAUUCUGAAGUAGGUGUAAACUGUUGGUUUACUGGUUUCUGGAUCUGAUUAAUGAAAUUUGCACUUUCCGUUCA